AUGGUGAUUCGGGGGAAGCAGCCCAGCUGCAGUGAACUGUUCCUGCUGUGCCUUUUUCUGGGGCUGUUGUUGGAAGCUUGGGCCGGGAAGAUCCAAUACAUGGUGCCAGAAGAGACAGACAAAGCAUUCUUUGUGGGCAACAUCGCCAAAGACCUGGGGUUACAACCUCAGGAGCUCACGGAGCACAGAGUUCGCAUCAUCUCCAGAGGUAGGACACAGCUUUUUGCUCUGAAUCAUCGAAGUGGCAGCUUGGUCACAGCGGGCAGGAUAGACCGGGAGGAGCUCUGUGCUCAGAGUGUGCGGUGUCUGGUGAGUUUUAACAUCUUGGUAGAGGAUAAAAUGAAGCUUUACCCUGUUGAAGUGGAAAUAAUUGAUAUUAAUGACAACACUCCCCAAUUUCAGUUAGAGGAAGUAGAAUUUAAAAUGAAUGAAAUAACUACUCCAGGUACCAGGAUCCCUCUGCCUUUUGGGCAAGACCUUGAUGUUGGUAUGAAUUCACUGCAGAACUACCAGCUAAGCUCCAACCCUCAUUUCUCCCUGGAUGUUCAGCAGGGAUCUGAUGGAUCCCGAUACCCAGAGAUGGUGCUACAGAGUCCCCUGGAUAGGGAAGAAGAAGCUGUGCACCACCUCGUCCUCACCGCCUCUGAUGGGGGCAACCCAGUCCGUUCAGGAACCCUCCGCAUUCAUGUUCAGGUGGUAGAUGCAAAUGACAACCCUCCAGCAUUUACUCAAGCACAGUACCACAUGAGUGUCCCGGAAAAUGUGCCACCGGGCACUCGGCUGCUUACGGUAAAAGCUACUGACCCAGAUGAAGGAGCCAAUGGGGAAGUAACAUACUCAUUUCACAAUAUAGACCAGAAAAUAGCCCAGAUAUUUCAAUUGGAUUCUGAUACAGGAGAAAUAUCAAAUAAAGAAUCCCUGGAUUUUGAAGAAUACAAAAUUUAUCCAAUGGAAAUUCAAGCUCAGGAUGGUGCAGGCCUCAUGGCCAGAGCUAAGGUGCUAGUCAAAGUUCUGGACAUAAAUGAUAAUGCCCCAGAGGUAACCAUGACAUCUGUCACCACUGCAGUCCCAGAAAACUUUCCUCCUGGAACUAUCAUUGCUCUUAUCAGUGUGCAUGACCAAGACUCUGGAGACAAUGGUGACACUACAUGUUCCAUUCCUGAAAAUCUACCCUUUAAAUUAGAAAAGUUAGAUGAUAAUUAUUACCAUUUAGUGACAGAAAGAACACUGGACAGAGAACUUACCUCCAGGUACAACAUCACAGUAACAGCAACAGAUAAGGGAAUUCCAAUUCUAUCUACGGAAACCCACAUUUCACUGAAAGUGACAGAUAUCAACGACAACCCCCCUUGUUUUCCCCAGGAUUCCUACUCUGUCUUCAUUCCGGAAAACAAUCCCAGAGGUGCCUCCAUCUUCUCCUUGACAGCUCAGGAUGCUGACACCAAUGAGAAUGCACUAGUCACUUACUCCUUGGCAGAGGACACCAUUCAGGGGGCGCCUCUAUCCUCCUACAUUUCCAUCAACUCAGACACUGGCAUUUUAUAUGCCCUGCGAUCCUUCGAUUAUGAAGAGUUCCGGGACCUUCAUCUGAGAGUGAUGGCGUAUGACAAUGGGGAUCCCCGACUCAGCAGCAAUGUGUCGCUGAGCCUGUUUGUGCUGGACCAGAACGACAAUACGCCAGAAAUCCUGUACCCAGCGCUCCCCACCGACGGUUCCACAGGCGUGGAGCUGGCGCCCCGAUCCUCAGAGCCCGGAUACCUGGUGACCAAGGUGGUGGCGGUGGACAGAGACUCUGGCCAGAACGCCUGGCUGUCCUACCGUCUACUCAAGGCCAGCGAGCCAGGGCUCUUCACGGUGGGGCUGCACUCGGGCGAGGUGCGCACUGCACGGGCCCUGCUGGACAGAGAUGCACUCAAGCAGAGCCUGGUGGUGGCUGUGCAAGACCACGGCCAACCCCCUCUCUCGGCCACCGUCACGCUCACCGUGGCCGUAGCUGACAACAUCCCAGCUGUCCUGGCAGACCUGGGCAGUCUCGAGCCCUCAGCGGACCCUGACUCUUCAGGCCUCACGCUGUACCUGGUGGUGGCGGUGGCUGUAGUCUCCUGCAUCUUUCUGGCCUUUGUGAUCGUGCUGCUGGGACUCAGGCUGAGGCGCUGGCACUCGCCCCUUUUGCUUCAGGCUGCGGGGGUUGGAUUGGCUGGCGUGCCAGCCUCGCACUUUGUGGGCGUGGACGGGGUGGGGGCUUUCCUGCAGACCUAUUCCCAGGAGGUCUCCCUCAGGGCGGACGCCCGGGAGAGUCACGUGAUCUUCCCCCAGCCCAACUAUGCCGACACGCUCCUCAGCCAGGAAAGCUGUGGGAAAAGCGAGCCUCUGCUGAUAACUCAGGAUUUACUUGAAGGCAAAAAGGAAGCAUUUUCUCAGGUAAACGUUUUGUAAAUUUAUCUAGGUAAAAAUGAUUACAGAGUUUACUUACCUUUCACUUUUUACUAACAGUUCUAUUUCCCACAUAGCUUUGUAGAUUUCUGUUUACAAAUUCUGGGAAAUUAUCAUUGUGUGUUUAUAUCCAGGUAUAAUUAUAAUUGCUAUUUCAUUGAAAAGGA